AAAAAUGUGAUGCAUUCACAUAGAUAUAUGAUUAUAAAGGAAGAAAUUGUUUGAGAGAAGAAGGAAGCAAGUAAGAAAUGGCGAGCGGACAGGAUGAGGAAUUCAGUGUGAGGGCCGGCCAAAUCGUGGGCCAAGCUCAUGUGAAGGAGAAUGAUUGCAACAACUCUUCUCAAGCUUCAGGUUUUCUCCAGCAGAAAGGGGAGAAAGUGAAGAGUAUGGCACAUGAUGCAUCAGAGGCAGUGAAGAACAAAUUGGGGAUCAACAAUGACAACAAUGAAGAAUAUAAGAACAAAAACCCUUUGGACAAGAAGAACCCUAACAACACAACCAGUCCAAGCAUGCCUGGUCAUCCUCCUUCAGAUAUCUAAACAUUUCUCAAGAUUCAUCUUUUUAUUCCACUAAUAAUUGUCUGUAUUAAUAAUAAGGGAUAUUACACAUUGCAUCCAAGCCAACACAUGUUCAGACUUUUUUGGCUUUGGAGAUGUUCACACUUGUUUUGACCAAUACAUGUUGAGACUUUGGUUUUGAGUUUUCUAUCAAACACUGGUUUACACUUG